GUCAUGUCAACAAAACUUGAGAAAAAAUUGCACGAGAUAUGUCUUAGUUUUUCACUGUUUUUAUGAUUACCAGCAGGUAAAUAAAGGUUUGCUAUGCUUGACAAGAUUUCAUGUCUAUCAAAAGCAACAGUGAGAAAGCUUGUACAUGCAUAUAAGGUUCAAAGUCUUCGAAUUUGCAAGAUGAGCACCACCAAUGGCUUGCCAUCAAAUACUGAAAUUACUGGUCCUGGAAUUGUUGCUGUUUGCCAGAUGAAUUGCAAACCUAACAAAGACGAAAAUAUAAAGACAGGGAAAUCGUUGAUUGAGAAAGCUAAAGUUAGAGGUGCUAAGAUGGUUUUUCUACCAGAGUGCUUUGAUUAUGUAGGUGAAAGUAGAGAGCAGUCAAUCUCCAUGGCAGAGAACUUGGAUGGCCCUGUUAUAACACAGUAUAAGAAUAUUGCAAAGUCCUUGAAUGUUUGGCUCUCUCUGGGAGGCUUUCAUGAAAAGGGCCCUGAGCAUGAUGCCAGCAGAAUAUACAAUACUCACAUCAUAAUCAACAGCAAAGGAGACAUUGUCGCCACCUAUCAUAAGACACACUUGUUUGAUGUGGACAUUAAAGGAGGUGUGAAGUUGAAAGAAACAGACUUUACAAUACCUGGCAGUGCAAUAGAACCCCCUGUUAAAACUCCAUUGGGAAACCUAGGAAUUGCAACAUGCUAUGAUCUACGGUUUCCAGAAAUGUCUGUUGCCCUGAGACAACAGGGGGCACAGAUACUCACCUAUCCCUCUGCCUUCACACAACCAACUGGUAUGGCACAUUGGGAGGUUCUUUUACGUAGUCGUGCAAUUGAGAACCAAUGUUAUGUUGUAGCAGCUGCCCAAACAGGCAAACAUCAUGCAAAACGUUCAUCAUAUGGUCAUGCAAUGGUGGUUGAUCCCUGGGGAGCAGUAGUGUGCCAGUGUAAGGAGGGUGAAGAUGUUGCAGUUACAGAAAUAGACCUCACCUACCUCAAUAAAGUACGCACACAAAUGCCUGUACAGCAGCAUAGACGUUGUGACAUCUAUAGGCCUACAGUCACAUCACAAAAAGAACCCAUUGUAGAUAAUGCCACAUAUGCAUUUGGUCAGCACACCAUAAAGCGAGAUAUUAUAUUUUACAAGACACAUCUUACUAUGGCAUUUGUCAACAGGAAAUGUGUUGUACCUGGUCAUGUAUUGGUGUCACCUAUACGUGUAGUGCAGAGGUUUUCUGAGAUGACGCCUGAAGAAGUAUCAGACUUGUUCACUGUCUCACAAAGAGUGGCAACUGUUGUAGAAAGUCACUAUGGAUGCUCAUCAGUGACUGUUGGCCUGCAAGAUGGUCCUGAUGCUGGGCAAACAGUAAUGCAUGUCCACGUUCACAUAUUACCGAGGAAACCAGGAGACUUUAAGAGAAAUGAUGAUAUUUACAGUGAGAUGGAAAAACACGACAAAGAUUCCAGUGGUGAAGAACUUGAAGAUUCAUCUUCAGAAUGGAGAACACCAGAGGAUAUGGCAGCAGAAGCCAGCACCUUACGCCAGCUUUUUAAAGACUCCUGACACGAAAUAUAACAAAAACAAAAAUGUAAUGCAAAUGGAAUACUCAACAUGUGAAGCAUUUGCUUUUGGGAGAUCACCACAUUCUUUUCAACACAUUCGAAAUGGGACAUUUCUCUUAAUUCAGGGUGACCCAAAAAAUGCCACCCACUAUAUUUGAAAUAAUUUUCUCAGUAAUGAAAGAAUCUUCAUGAUUUCUUUGUGAUUAUACAGUGUUCAAUGGAAGAAAGAUUGCUGUACUUGUUUAGCAUCAACUACUUUGAGAUUUAGAGAUCUCACAUUUUCCGUCUAGGUAUGCUUUCGAUGAAAUCUUCAAAAAAUGUUCAAAAAUCAAAAAAUUUCUGAAAUUGGGAUUUCUGUCUUAGCCAUUAUUUGAGUCAUUUUUGGAUUGCUUUCA